GUAAGGAGCUGGAGCAGUACAGUCUGUUCACCAGCAGGUGGCGCUAACCACAACACUUAGCGCCUGCGACGUCGCCAAUACCAACGAAGAAGAAGCAACACCCAGGCAGGUUUAGCCUGGCUGGGAGUUAAAGGGCAGUUCAAACCAGUAAACACGGCUGCGUCUGUGUGUCAUCUACAUCAGACUCUAAGGUUACAUAACUUUAUAUCCGUCUAUGAGGAGGAGUGGACCAGCAGCCGGACGGGGGAAAUCCUUUUCUUUCUCUCCCUUUUCUUGGUUUUCCACUGAAGACAAAUGGUUUUGAGCCAUGGAUCAAGCUGUUGUGGACGGUCAUGUCACCCUUGUCAUCAGGGCUCCCAACCAGAAGUACGGUGACCAGACCAUCAACUGUCUGCAGGACUGGACCGUGGAGAAGCUUAAGGCGCACCUGUCGGACGUGUACCCUAGUAAACCGAGCUCCAAAGACCAGAGGCUGGUGUACUCUGGCAAACUGCUUUUGGAUCACUUUACCCUAAAAGAUGUGCUCAGAAAGCAGGAUGAGUACCAUAUGCUCCAUCUGGUGUGCGCCUCACGAACCCCUCCCAGCUCCCCAAAGCCCCCUCGCAGCCGCAGUAACAAGCCUCAGGAGAGUCCAUCCAGUCCCGCGCACGCUGAAAACUCGAUUCGCUCCUCCGCUGGACAGCAUAGCCGUUCGCCGUCAGAGGAGAGCAGUGAUGGACUGAGACAGCGAGCCGGACACCUCCCUCAGCACCAGAUGUAUUUGCAAUUGAUGCACAGCUGGAGUCAGUACUCCUCACAGCUGACUCCCCCACCAAACAUGCCUGCCUAUUACAAUCCUUUGACUCUGAUGUGGUGGCAGCAGUUGUACGCCCGGCAAUAUUACAUGCAUUAUCAGCUACUGGCUGCCUCGUCUCAGCACCUCAGGCCAGAUCAGCCCUCAACCCAGCCUGAACAGCAGGAUCCUCUGACCCAGCGACCUCCCGCAGAUCACCGUGGCAACCCAGAGGUCCAGAUGAAUGCUCAGGGAGGCGAGAUCCUUAAUGAGGAGGAGCUAAACCGAGAUUGGCUGGACUGGGUGUACACAUUUUCACGUGCUGCCAUCCUGCUCAGCAUAGUCUACUUCUACUCCUCCUUCAGCCGCUUUGUGAUGGUGUUGAUGGCCAUGCUGGUGCUUUACCUGCAUCAGGCCGGCUGGUUUCCUUUCAACCUGGAGAACGAGCUCCAACUUCCUGGAGACAGAGCCAAUCAGGACGACAUGGAGGGAGAACCACAAAACCACGAUUUACAGGAAAUGGAGGGUGUGAUGGAUGACGGCUCGGACGAUGAAAGGGAGAGCGGGGAGGAAGGAGCAGAGGAGGCGAACAGCGGCCCUCACGCAGGGUUCCUGUCGUCCACCUGGUCUUUUAUCAUAACCUUCUUCAUGUCCCUCAUCCCCGAGGGACUGCCAAAUGCUGCUAACUGAGCCGCCACAGCUCCACAGAAGCGCGUCCUUUAGGAGGAGGACAAACUGUCUGUCUGUCGCUGUGCAGUGUUAGUUUCCUAACAUUUUAGUCAUGAGACGCAAAAGACUGAUUAGAAGACUGAAAUAAGAAAAACAGACACUGUUGAUUGCACAAAGACCAACAUUUGAAACUGAAUGAAUAGGACAUCAGUUGAGUCUCUAAGGAAGAACCCCUAGUGGUGCCUUCAAACAUACUGUCUGCUAAUGCUUCGUUUUAUCGUUUCUAAUUUAGGGACAUCAGACACAAACCUAUUUGUGUUGAAAAAAACGAAUCUCUGUUCUGUCUAAGAAGCAACAACAUUUAACUAGUUUUGUUCGUUCUGGUUGUUUUAUUUAAAUGAGAGACGGCCACUUCAGCCCCGCUGAAGUGCAAGUAAUCCUGGAUCCUGCAGUGAUUUUGGCCGAGGGGUCUGAACACGUUGUGUAACGUGUUGACAUGCGAUGCAGAGUGAUGCUGGCUACCUGAAAGUGAAUUAAUGUAUGAAAGGACGCAGUGAGGCAGAAGCGUUGAUCUUCUAUCAGACUGACAGAUGGUUUUGGACUUUGAACAGGCAGAAGACACUUUUACAUUUUGCAGAGCUCAAACCUUUAGACUCUGGACUUUGUGAAAGCGUCUGCUGCUGCUGUUGCGUUUGUCAUGUUGUGUACCGAAAGUUACCGCGUUUAUUAAAAGUACCUUCAUGGUGUAAAGGUU